CCGCAGAGCGGCGCGUCCCCGGACGAGGCGAGUCGAGUCUCCCGCGCCCAACCGUCCUCGCCGGAGUUGCUGCUGAGACGCUGCUUCCGAGCCCGGCCGCCAACAAAGUUCGUUCAAAAAAAUCCUAGUCGUUCUUAGAAGAGCGAAGGAGGGCGCGAGCCAGCCAGGCGGCCCCGCCGAGGGAGCUGGCGCGGUGGGCGGCGGCGGCGGCGGCGGCGGCGGCGGCGGUUGCGCCGCGACCAGGAGGAGCCGGUGGCGCCCGGCGGCGGGUCCGCGGCCGGCGGGGGACGAUUUGAGAAGAUCUGAUCACCUGGAAUUAAAGUUGGUUCAGAAACCUUUUCAACCACAAAAAUGUUGGAGGAAGAUAUGGAAGUGGCCAUCAAGAUGGUGGUUGUAGGGAAUGGAGCAGUUGGAAAAUCAAGUAUGAUACAGCGAUAUUGCAAAGGCAUUUUUACAAAAGACUACAAGAAAACCAUUGGAGUUGAUUUUUUGGAGCGACAAAUCCAAGUUAAUGAUGAAGAUGUCAGACUAAUGUUGUGGGAUACAGCAGGUCAAGAGGAAUUUGAUGCAAUAACAAAGGCCUACUAUCGAGGAGCCCAGGCUUGUGUGCUUGUAUUUUCUACCACAGACAGAGAAUCUUUUGAAGCAAUUUCCAGUUGGAGAGAGAAAGUAGUAGCUGAAGUUGGAGAUAUACCAACUGUACUUGUCCAAAACAAGAUUGAUCUCUUAGAUGAUUCUUGUAUAAAGAAUGAGGAAGCCGAGGCACUGGCAAAAAAGUUAAAGCUAAGAUUCUACAGAACAUCAGUGAAAGAAGAUCUAAAUGUGACUGAAGUUUUUAAAUAUUUGGCUGAAAAAUACCUUCAAAAACUCAAACAGCAAAUAGCUGAGGAUCCAGAAUUAAUGCAUUCAAGUAGUAACAAAAUUGGUGUCUUUAAUACAUCAACUGGAAGUCACUUGGGUCAAAAUUCAAGUACCCUUAAUGGUGGAGAUGUCAUCAAUCUUCGACCCAACAAACAGAGGACCAAGAAAAAUAGAAAUCCUUUUAGCAGCUGUAGCAUACCCUAAAACGUUUUAGGGAGGAAAAAAAAUUGAGUUAUAUUGUGCAAUUCAGUAAGAAAUGCAUCCAGCUGUCAUGGUAUGUUACAAGUUUUUGUUUUUUUUUUUUAAGCAGACUUUGCACCUAAUGGCUCUGUGAAAGUUGAAAGACUUAAAUAUUGUUCUGCAGCGCUUUUCAGGUGGAGUGAGAUCUUUGGUGGAAAGAUUACUGCCUUGUGGACUUGUUUUAAUUUUUUUUUACAUCAGACGAAGCUUCUCCUGUUUUUGAAGGAAUGCUGUAAAAAAUGUCAAAAACAGGUUUUGCUGAAUUUUAAGUGCUGGAAAACAUAAAUGGAAAGCCCCAAAUAUAUCGGUACAGAUUUUAAUAUUAUUGACCAAGGAGAGAUAGCAAGCAUUGUAUUUCUGAAAUUGGUCAUAUAGCUUUUUUGGAAAGUAGUAUUGAAUCCAAAUACAAAAAAAAAUAAUAGUGAAAGGUAAACCCUGAAUCUUGCCAGACUGCAUUAGUGUAUAUUUUGGCAAUGUUACUUGUGCAAUAUCUGUAUAAUGUAGAAUAUGGAGGUAUGUAUGCAGAUAUCUGGUACUGAAGUAUACUGAAGGUAUAUUCAGUACAUAAGGAAAGAGAAUCUAAUUCAUUCAUUCCUAAAAUCAUUUACACAUUGCGUGUAUGUUAAAAGUUUUUAUUUUCAAAUAAGAAAUUCCAGACAUAUAUUUUGCAAAACAAGCUCAGAUUUUAAAAGUGCUUUGUGCCAAAAAUAUCAUACCUAAUUUUUACAGUGCGUUACUAUCAGAAUUUAUAUUGUUUAUAUCUUUUAAAAGCAGUUUUCCUCUCUGACAGGGUAGAUCAAAGAGGAGUAGAAAUGUUUAAUGCUAGAGUAUUUCCCAGGUGAGACUUGCUGCAAAAUCUUUCUCACAUGUCCAUCUAUAAGCAUGAGGAGCUCGUGCUGGCCAAGCCCUUAUGAUGUCCAGCAUCCCUGCAGUUAUCCCGUGGGUCCUGUGAAAUGCAGUGGUGCAUCUAGCGCCUUUUUCUGCUGAAAAUGGAAUUUUGAACUUUUAAGGUUAUGCUAUCAAUUUUUUAAAUGCAGAAAAGAUGAUCUUUUGUCUUCAUCUGCAUGAUAGAUUUUAUAAGGCCCUGCAACUCUAAAGCAUCUUUUCGUUUACACAUCUUUGUAUGGUAUUUUAAGAUUAUCACUUAAAAAUUUCUAUAAACUUCGGUUUGUAUAGCACUUUCUCAAGGGCUCUGUCAGCACCACAUGCAGAAUAAUUUCUUUUAAGAACUGAUUUUCACAGUAAUCACGUGGCAGAGCAUAAAUAUGGUGACUUGGGACAGUAGUUUUCCAACUAAGAUAAUUGCAUGAACUCUGUUAAAAAGCGAUUAUUGUUCAUCAAUGACUUUGUUUUUAACCCCUCCCUGUAUACCUGGUUUUUGCAGGAUUUCAAGACAUGUAACUUUUCCUGGAAAAUGUGUCAUAAAUUCAUUUUUCAUUAUUUGAACAAAUGAAUAAUGUUGUAUGUAUUUCUUCUGUAUGUUCUGUCUCUCUUUAAGUGUUACAUCUGCACCAUCCUCUUCCCUUUGUCCAGAUUAACAUUGAAAAGAAUAGGAUUUUCUGGGGUAUGUCCUUUCUAAGGGGUCAAGAGUGAAUGUUUGCUUUUCAUAGUAUGGAAAUAAUCUGGUAUUAUCUAUUUUAAAGUAAUAUAAAAUGUUAAUUUUUAUGUCACCAAGUUGACUCCACUCCCAUUGCUGGCAGUGGGAUAGGUGUUGGGGGAAAAAAUUCCAUUCCUUUUUUUUUUUUAAUUUUUAUUUAUUAAUGAUAGUCACACACACAGAGAGAGAGAGAGGCAGAGACAUAGGCAGAGGGAGAAGCAGGCUCCAUGCACCGGGAGCCCCACGUGGGAUUCGAUCCCGGGUCUCCAGGAUCGCGCCCUGGGCCAAAGGCAGGCACUAAACCACUGCGCCACCCAGGGAUCCCAAAAAUUCCAUUCCUCACAAUGGGUAUCUGUUAAUGAUUCCUUUUUCCUUUUCUACUCUCUUAGAAUACAGUCUCUUUAAUUUUUGCACAAAACGUAUUUUGCAGCAAAUAGUUUUGUGGUCUUUAGUAGCCAAAAAAAGAAAAAAAUCAUGUCAUGUAAUAUGUUGUAGUUCUGUUUCAUAUUAAUUAAAUAUGUGGGGGAAGAGAUUGCUACUUUUCUAUAUAAAAAAGGUAAUCUCUCAUGGUGGUUGAAGUUUCCUGAUAGUUGUAAUAUAAUUUUAUGUGUUUAGUUUUGUCCUUUUUUCUUAUAAGAACUGAGAGAAAGUUUUGUUACACAUUUGAAUUUUUAUUUGCACUUGUGUAUUUUCCACUUAUGAUUAUUCAUUUUAAAUCACUAAGUAGGUCUGAAAAUCAGUUAAAUACUUUCUCAAUUUAAUUCUAAAACCUAAGUCUAACCCCACCCCCAGCAGCUGGUUCAGCAGUUUAGCGACACCUUCACUGCCUGUGUCUCUGCCUCUCUCUCUCUGUGUCUCUCAUGAAUAAAUAAAUAAAAUUUUAAUCCCCCCACAAGUACCUUAAUUCUUCUAAAUCACUUUACUGUUAAUUUGUAAUGAACUACGGACACUAAAGACAACACUGGCUAAGACUCCAGGCUGUUGUUUGUGCAUUUGUACUCUCAUGUACUUUUUUUACCUGGUGGCUGGUUUCUAGUAUACAGACAGAGAGCUGUGGAAUGACUGCCAUAUUGCAGAGCCCCCAGUUCUCCUUUCCUCUCUGUCAGCCUUACAAAUUAGAUAGCUUACCGAAUAGCCCUUAUAUAAGGCAAUAUACAGUUGAACCUUGGACAAUGCCAGUUUGAACUGUGUGGGUCCACUUUCAUGCGGAUUUUUUACAGGACUAUAAAUGUAUCUUUUCUUCCUUAUGGUUGUCUUAAUAACGUUUUCUUUUCUCCUGGCUUACUUUAUAAGAAUACAGUAUGGAAUACGCACAACAUACAGAAUAUUUGUCAAUAGACAGCUUAUGUUAUCAGUAGGGCUUAGCAGUUAAGUGUUAGGGGAGUCAAAAGUUAUACUUGGAUUUUUCAUAGUGCGGGGGUUGGUGCCGCUUAUCCCGGUGUUGUUCAAGGAUCAACUGUAUUUCUAUUGUUAUUAGUGCCAUAAGAUGAAAUCCGUUGCCAUUAAUUUAGUACUUACUAUCAGGUGGGAACUAUACAAAGUACCUUGCAAACAAUAAUUUAAUCUUUACAGCAAUUCUAUGGAGUAUUAUUAUUCCUUCCCUUUUUUCAAAGGAGGAGGAGAAUGAAGAUCUAAGUUUGUCAGAGUCACAUACUCGAUAGCAACAAAGCCAUUUUCUAUCCUAUUUUGUAACUAUUAUGUUUAUAUUACCCAGACAUAAAAAGAUGUGCUAUCUUCCAUUAUACUUUAUGGUCUAAUAUAUAUGAAUGGAUUUGAUACUGCUUUAUAUAUGCAGUUAUAUUUUAUGGAGGAAUUACUACUGCUAGGAACAUUUUCAGCGUAUAAAUGUCCUAACAUAAUAUUGAUUUCUUAUUGAUGCAUUUGUCUUAAAAAGAGAAUUAAAAUAAUAAAGUAACUAUUUUUCGAUCAAAAGUCUAAUUUCUCAUCUGAAAUUGUGGGGAGGGACGUAUCCUAAAAGACUGAUUUAAUAAUAUUUUAGUAUAGAUUUGAUAGUUUCAUCAAAAAAAUUUAAAUAAUUAAAAAUAUGAAGAAAACCUUUUGAAUUGGGAUUAUGUACUUAGUUUAAAAAAAAAAAAAGUUAACCACUCCCAAGUACAUUAUAAGAGGCUUAUGUAAAGGGAAUUCUGACUAGCCAUUUUUAGUUAAAGUAGAAGAUCAAAGUUGAAGGAUUUAGCUUGGUUAUAUUGAUUAUUAAAUGCUGAAAUAAUUUAAUAAAGUAAGUUAAGCAAUCUCCAUAAAUGAGUAUAUUAAAUAAAAAAAUAGGGGUGCCUGGCUAGUUCACAUGGUGGAGCAUGCAACUCUUGAUCUCGGGGUUCUAAAUUUGAGCCCCAAGUGGGUAUAGAGAAUACUUAAAAAAAAUUUUUCUUCAAAACAAAAACUAUUACCCAUGCUGAAUGUCAACAUGGAUGCAGAAGUUGUCAUUGAAAGGUUUUUCAUUUUCCCUAUUUUUAUAUUUCUUAGAAUUCAGUUUUUCAUAUAUUUAAGUGACAGACCCAAAUAUAUUUCUAUUAUUUUUAAUUGUUAUAGAGAAAUCAAAGGCUGAAUUUGCUUUUUGUGUUAUGUGUGACACCUUGUUUUUUGUGUUCCAUGUGACACCUCUAUAAUUCUUACAUUCUUUGUGCUAUUAUUAAAUAUGUACAUAUUUCAUCUCUUCUAAUUAAUAUGUUACUCAAACUUUUCUACUUUUAAAAUUGUAAUGAGAAUAUUUUGCUCUUCUAUUGGAUUGUAAGACAAAAACACUGUCAUACUGAUCUUGAAAUUUCCUAGUAUGUCUUUUACACAAGAUUUAUAAAUUACAUGAAUUAGAGCAGAUUAUAAACAAACACUUAAAAUUUAAAUGCAUGAUACUUAUUGCUGAGAGAAAUUAAAGGAGAUUGAAAUGGAUGUAUUAUGUACAUGAUUAGAAAACUCAGUAUUGUUUUGUUGUCAGCUCUUUCUAAAUUGAUCUAUAGAUUCAAUGCAAUUCCAAUCAAAAUCCCAGCAGGCAUUUUAUUGAAAAUGUUAAAGUUUAUCUAAAAGUUAUGUGAUGAACCUAGGAUAGCCAAAACAAUUUUGAAAAAGAAAAGAGUUUGAAGAACUGCGACUCUAUGAUUUUAAGAUUCUCAGUAUAGGUACAGUAAAGAAGAUACAUAGAUCAUUGAAACAGACUAGAAUCCAGAAAUAUACCCACAAAAAUAUGGUCAAGUGAUUUUUAACAAAGACUUCAUAACAGUUCCAUGGAUAAAGGGAAAAUGUACUAGAAUAACUAGAUAUUUUGAAUCUUAGGACUUAACUUCAUAAUAUCCUCAAAAUAGAAUUUGUGGUGGGUUAUUAACCUAAUAAAAGCUAAAACUAAGGCUUCUAGAAGAAAACAGGAAAUAAUCCGCAUGACCUUAGGGUAAGCAAGUAUAUCUUAGGUCUUAGAAAGUGCUAACUGUAAAAGAGAAUCAGUAAAUUGAAUAUAAUGAAAAUUUAAAGCUUCUACUCAAAGACAUGGUUAAGAAAUGAGUAGACAAGCCAUAUACCAGGAGAAUAUAUCUGUAAUAAUCAUAUCUAAUGAGGGACUUAUAACUAUAAUAUGUUAAAAAAAACCCAACCCUACAACUCAUUUAUAAAAGACAACACAAAUAAAAAUGAGUAAAAUACUUUAACAGACACAUUAUAGGGAAAGAUAUAUGAAUAGGCAAUAAGUACACGGGAAAAUGCUCAAAACGUUAGUCAUCAGGAAAGUGCAAAUUAAUACAACAAUAAGAUGCCAUUACAAGCCUCUAAAAUAGCUAAAAUUAAUAAUUGACAAAAUACUUGUAUAGAUGUGGACUAAUUGGAACUCUGAUUUAGUCACUUUGGAAACCUUGGCAAUUUCUAAUAAAAUUAAAGAUACAUCAUCUAUAUGACCCAGAAAUUUCCCUUCUAGGUAUUUACCCAAGAGAAAUAAAAUCUUAAGUGUAUGAAAAGAGUUGUACAAGAAUGCUCAUAGCAGCUUUAAAAUAGACUGAAACUGUGCCUGGGUGGUUCAGUCGGUUAAGCAAACAUCUGCCUUUGUCUCAGGUCAUGAUCCCAGGGUCCUGGGAUCGAGCCUUAGCCUCCCUGAUCAGUAAACAAUCUAUUUCUUCCUCUCCUUCCUCUACCUCCCAUGCCCCACUCAUUCUCACUUGCAGUCUCUCAAAUAAAUAAAUAAAAUCUUUUUUUUUUAAUUUUUUUUUAAAUUUUUAUUUAUUUAUGAUAGUCACACAGAGAGAGAGAGAGAGGCAGAGACACAGGCAGAGGGAGAAGCAGGCUCCAUGCACCAGGAGCCCGAUGUGGGAUUCGAUCCCGGGUCUCCAGGAUCGGGCUCUGGGCCAAAGGCAGGCGCCAAACCGCUGCGCCACCCAGGGAUCCCCAACUAAAAUCUUUAAAAAAUAAAAGUAGCCCCAAGCCGGAAAAAUGCAGAUACCACCAACACAUGAAUAGUUAUACAAAUUGUAGUAUAUUCAUACAAUGAAAUAAUACUCAUAAUUAAAAUGAACAAACUAUUAAUCUACACAACAACAUGAAUCUCAAAAAAUGCUGAGUGAAAGAAGUCUGAGAAAAAGAGUAUGUACUAUAUAAUUUCGUUUAUAUGAAGUCCUAGAGUGGGCAAAUCUAAAACAAUAAGAACAAUAGUUGCUUCUGGGAGCAUGCAUUGACAAGAAAAAGGCAUAGAGAAUAUUCUUGGGUAAGGAAGAUACAUCUUGAUAUGGGUGUGUGUUACAUAGCUAUGCAUAUGUAUGUUUAUGCAUACACAGCUAUAUGGGUAUGUCAAAACAUUGAAUUAUACACUUAAGAUCUGUAUAUUUCAUUGUAAACUACACCUCAAUAAAAAAUUAGAAAAAUAAUGUGCUUGUUUUCCGGGAAAUACUGGUUUAGUGAUGAAUUAUAUUUAAAUUAAUAUUUAUUUGGGGCUACUUCUAAGAAGGGUGAUGGCUUAAGCACUAACAUUUGGAUAUCCUUUAUGGUCUGGCCAAUGGAAUAUAAAAUCGAUGAACAACCUGAGUAGUAGAUAGUCUCCAAGAUGGCCCCCAAAUAUGUGCAUGCAGCUACUUCCAUCAGGAGGGAGAGCUUAUGUCUCUUCUUGAAUCUGAUGUGGGCCUCUAACUGCUUCAUCUAAUUAAAUGCAGAGACGUAACAGCCUAGGAUCUCUGAACCCAGACAUUAAUAAGCCUUCUGCUUCCUCCUUCUGAAACCCAGCAGCCAUGGUGUGAGGAAACAGUUAAGUGAAAAGGCCCGUGUGGCUAAAAUAAAGGGCUCCAGCUAACAGCCCCAGCUGAGCUCCUGUGUGACAGCCAGCACCAAUCUGGAGUAGUCUUGGAGAUGGAUCCCCCAGCCUCAGUCAAACCAACCUUUCUAGUGCCAAAUGUAGCAAAGAAGAGCUACCCCACUGAGCUCUGCCAAAACUGCAAAAUCACAAACAAGUAAAUGAUUAUUGCUUUAAGUUACUAAAUUUUGGAGUUGUGUAUUACAUAGCAAUUGAUAAUUAAAACAACUUACAAUGGAACGCCUGGGUGGUAUAGCGGUUGAGCAUCUGCCUUUGGCUCAGGGCAUGAUCCCAAUUCAGGGAUUAAGUCCCACAUCAGGCUCCCUGUGAGGAGCCUGCUUCUCCCUCUGCCUAUGUCUCUGCCUCUCUUUGUGUCUUUCAUGAAUAAAUAAAUAAAAUCUUUAAAAAAAAGUAAAACAACUUACAUUAACACUGGAAUAUGAAAAAUACCAUCCACAUGGCACAAAUUUCAAGGAAUUUUUCCCACGUGGCAUAGAUGGAACCAGAUUGAAGGAGGACAUGUAGGGCUUGCUCAACAUUCCUUUCCUGAGGAAGGAGUGCUGGGCUUCCAAGAAUAGAAGAAAUCCUGAUGAAAUGCUUCAUACAAACCCUUUAGGAUUUUGGUUGGGAUUGCAUAAAAAUAGAUUAAUUUGGGGCAAAUUGUCAUCUUUGUCAUAUUGAGUCUUUCUAUGUAGGAACAUCAUAGUGUCCUUUAUUCAAGUGUGUGUGUGUGUGUGUGUGUGUGUGUGUGUAUUUGUCAGUAAAGUUUGAGAUUUGUUAACUUUUCUAGUGGUUCAUCCUAACUAUAUUGGUCCAGUAUUGGGAUUUCAAAUAAACUGUGUUGGAGAUUAUCUGGGUCUUUGGGCAAAUCUUUUGGUCUCAAAGAAGGAGUAAAAGUUUGUAUUUUCUGUGGUGAUUUUGCAAGAUUUACAGAGUAUAGGAAGUAGGGAGGAAGCUAUCUCAGAAUUUCACUGCUGUGCCCACUGGCUGCUUCUCAAAGUUUAUUCUCAAGGGUUGUUCCUUGGUGCUGCCCCACCCCCACCUUCCCACACUCACCUUGGCAACAGGUACCAAUCCUCCUCUUAGAGGUUCACUACAUCCAUCCCCUUUGUCUCACUUCACUAGGGCAGACUUAAUGAGCUGCUGUUCUGGCAGGGCUUCCUGCUGACAGCCCUGCAGCUUUACUACCUCCACUCCAGGUGUGGGGGACUCGGUUCUGUCCUGGGCAUCAUUGCUUACUUCCCAAGCAAGCUUUUCCUUUUUCAUUUAUUGAAUUUCAGGCUACUUAUCCUCACCCCCCCCCCCCCCGCAACCCUCACCCCACUCUGGUCCUGUUUGCACUUUGUCUUGUAGAAAUUGCUCUGGCCUAUACCUUCUCUUUUUCCAUCCCUGAAACAGAAUUGUUCCCAUGUUUAUAUUAUACUUGUCAUUUCAAUGACAUUUGAAAACUCCUCCCUGAAAUGGGAGAUUUCAGAAUCAUCUUUCUUAAGCAGAUAUCUGAUUAUAACCAAAAUCUUAAUGGUUCUGUGAAUACUUAGAUGGUAAUCUUUUUUUUUAAUUUUUUUAAAAUUUUUAUUUAUUUAUGAUAGGCACACAGUGAGAGAGAGAGGCAGAGACACAGGCAGAGGGUGAAACAGGUUCCAUGCACCGGGAGCCCAACGUGGGAUUCGAUCCCAGGUCCCCAGGUUCGCGCCCUGGGCCAAAGGCAGGCGCUAAACCGCUGUGCCACCCAGGGAUCCCUUAGAUGGUAAUCUUAAUGUCUCUUCUGAGCAUUCAGGACUCCCCAACAUUUCACUCUAGCUCACCUUCUUACUAUGGGCUUACAUGUAUCUGAUAUUUUGAUUACAUGUGGGCUUCUUACUGUGGGCUUACAUGUGUCUGAUUACCAUUUCUAGAACCUACCCACAGUUUGCCAUCCUCAGCCUUUUAUAUUGAUUUCUUGACCAGAAAUGUCCAUUCAUUUAUCAUAUAGUUGUUGUUGACCCAUAUAGUUGUUGACCGCCUUCCACAUACCAAACACUGUCAAUAGUAACAUUGUUAAAAAAAAAACAAAAACAAAAACAAUCAUGCUUAGACUUUGGAAGAAAAUAGUUUCUUUGAUCAAAACUAUAUUUUGUGUGUCUAGAUGUUUGAAAAUAUCAAAUAUUAAACUGUGACAAUAUGCAGAGACUGUCUAUUGACACAUGAACUGAGUUAGUGCCAGUGGUUCACAUGUAAGGAAGUGAGCUUAAACUUACCCUGAACCAGAUCAUAAUGCACUAGGAGGGACAGGCAUGAAUCUUGUCAGCUAAUGAUAAGAGCCAGGAAAUAACACUGAAGAAGUCUCUGGGUUUGUAGUGAAAAUAGUUUCAUAAAUAACAGGGAACAGACAUGGCAAGAGAUAGGAUAGAUUCUAUCUUUGGCUAAUUAUAGAUGUCAGAUGCUAUGACUGAUUGUGUGCACCCCCCCCAUUCAUAUGUUGAAAUCCUCAUCUCCAGCAUGAUGGUGUUAGGAGGUAGGGCCUUUGAUAGAGGAUUGGGUCAUGAGAGCAGGGCCCUCAUCAGUGAGAUUAGUGCCCUUAUCAAAGGGACUCCAGAGUGCUCAUUUGCCCUCUCUGCCAUGUGAGGACACAGCAAAAGAUGCCUGUCCAUGACCCAGGAGGCAGGUUCUCACUGGACACCAAAUCUACUGAUGCCUUGAUCUUGAAAUCUACAGCCUCCAGAACGGUGAGAAAUAAAUAUCUGUUGUUUAUAAGCCAUUCAUUCUAUGGAUUCCAUGGUGUUUUCUUAUAGCAGCCCCAAACAACUAAGAAAAUGGGUACUAAGAAGUGGGUUACUGAUAUAACAAAUACCUAAAACUAUGGAGGUGGCUUUGGAACUGGGUAAUGGGCAGAGACUGGAAGGAUUUUGGGGUGCAUGUGAGAAAAAUCCCAUAUUGCCAUGAAUGGACCACUGAUGGUAGUUCUGGUGAGAAGUCAGAAAGAAAUGAGAGCUGCAGAGGAGCUUCCAUCCAAUUAGAGAAUACCCAAGUAAUUCGGAAUAGCAACAUGGAUGGUAAAGCCAUUCUAGUGAGGUCUUGGACAGAAAUGAGGAACCUAUUAUUGGAAACUGGAGGAAAGGCCAGCUUUGUUAUAAAAUGAAGAACUUGGCUGAAUUGUGUUCAUGUUCUAGUUUUGUUCUACUUUCCACAUUCCCAACUGGUCUCUUUGCGUCUACCUGCCACCUCUCUUACAUCCUACACAUUGCUGCCAGAAUGAUCUAAAUUAAAUUGUAAAAUCUGCUUCAGAGCCUUGCAUAAUAUCCAUUGCCAUUUUGUCAAACUCUUGAGUAUGACUGCCCUGAUCUUACUCUCUGGUCUUCACUCAUGUGCUCCUUAUUAAACUACUAUAGAGAGUAUGUUGUAAUUCACAGAUUGCCUCAUGUUAUUAAUAUCUCUGUGACUUUGAACAUUCUGUUUCUUCUAGAAUUCUCUUCUCCCUCCUUGCCUUAUUCUUUUUUUUUAAGGUUUUUAUUUAUUUAAGAGAGAAAGUGCAGAAAGAGAGCACAAGCAGGAGUUGGGGAGGUGCAGAGGGAGAAGACGGAGAGGAGAAGCAGACUCCCAAGUGAGCAGGGAGCCCGAAAACAUGGGGGUUUGAUCCCAGGACCCCAGGAUCAUGACUCGAGCUGAAAGCACAUGCUUAACUGACUGAGCCAUCCAGGCACCCCGCCCCGCCUUACUAACUCUUUAAUGUUAUUUAAGACUUCAUUUCAGUGCCAUCACCCCUUGGAAAGUCCUCCCUUAUCAUCCCAUGCUAAAUUAAAUGUCUGCACUUAUUUCGACUUCUCGAAUUCUCCUCUAGUGCCAUGAUUAUAUUUAUAUCAUGCUACUCUAAUCUGUUAUUUAAAGUUUGGUCUGCUUCAGGGCACCUACAAUGUAUCAGGCACCAUACUAAAUCUAAGUGGUAAAGUAAUGUUCAAUAAAGACACAGUUCUCACCCUUAUGGAGCUCUGAGACUAAAAAAAAAAGACAUUAAGCAAGGAAUUAUAAGUGCUCCUAAAGAAAUAGAAAUUCUAUGGUAAGUAUAACGGAAGACCUCGAGGAUCAGGAAUCUUUAGGCUCAGACCUUUCUAUCCCCCUGUUAGACCAUGAGCAACUUGAGGUCAGAGAGAACUAUGUUGGUCCUAAUGGGCACUUGAUCGGGGUUCAUGAAUGAAUACGUGUGUUUCAUAAUGGAAAGCUCUUUAUUUCAUGAAGCAGCAGAUUACAUUUUUAGACUGCUCUAAUAUUUUUUCUUUUAUUGAGCUGUAAAAUCUCUCAAACUUCUACUCAUUGUUCUUAGUUAUGGACUCUGGAGGAGUUCAGGGUAAGUUUAUUCUUUCUUCUAUGCAGAAGCCCUUCAAAUAUUUUAAGAUAGUUAUAUGGCCACUAUAUAUCUUGUUUUGGGCAGGUGUAGGGGUGGAGUGUGGUGGUUAAAUAUUACCUUCUUUCAGAGUAAGUGGAAAAAGUGUUGGUACUUACUUUGUGACUAUCUGUUGAAGAUGGUGGAUUGAACACAAGCAUUCACCUUUACCACCUCUCCAGAUCCCAUUAAAAUGACCUUAAAGAAUGUUUAAAAAGGCAUAGGGCAGCACGGGUGGCUCAGCGGUUUGGUGCCUGCCUUUGGCCCAGGGCGUGAUCCUGGAGACCUGGGAUCAAGUCCCGCAUCGGGCUCCCUGCAUGGAGCCUGCUUCUCCCUCUGCCUGUGUCUCUGCCUCUCUGUGUCUCUCAUUAAUAAAUAAAUAAAAAUCUUUUUUAAAAAAAGGCAUAAAUGUCUCAUACUCGGAGAGAACAACAGCAAACAAUUUUGGAAGCUGGAGAGUGGAUGGAUUGGGAUAAGUCUUCACAUGUCAUAAUCAUAUUAUAUCCAGGAAAACAGAACCGUCAACAGGCAGUGGAGAACCCCAUAAGUGAGCCAUCUUGCACCACAUAGCUCCCAGAGGCUCAGAAAUUGCCAGGAUUGAGUGUAUUAAGCAUAACUUUAUUCUGAGGUUUGACAUCUGAGGCCUUACUGGUAGUGGGGAGACUACACCUCAGGGCUCCUCUCCUCACCACUUCUAAGCGAUUCUUACAUUCUGGGCCACUAUUCUGCUGCCCUAAUCAUCCCACACCAGGUAUCCACACUUUAAGGACAGCCAGCCCCAAGGCCCCAGAGCCUGCUGAAAUUUUUUUUUAAUAAAUUUAUUUUUAUUGGUGUUCAAUUUACCAACAUUCGGAAUAACAUCCAGUGCUCAUCCCAUCAAGUGCCCCCCUCAGUGCCCGUCACCCAUUCACCCUCACCCCCCGCCCUCCUCCCCUUCCACCACCCCUAGUUCGUUUCCCAGAGUUAGGAGUCUUUAUGUUCUGUCUCCCUUUCUGAUAUUUCCCACACGUUUCUUCUCCCUUCCCUUCUAUUCCCUUUCACUAUUAUUUAUAUUCUCCAAAUGAAUGAGAACAUACAAUGUUUGUCCUUCUCUGAUUGACUUACUUCACUCAGCAUAAUAUCCUCCAGUUCCAUCCACGUUGAAGCAAAUGGUGGGUAUUUGUCAUUUCUAAUGGCUGAGUAAUAUUCCAUUGUAUACAGAAACCACAUCUUCUUUAUCCAUUCAUCUUUCGAUGGACACCAAGGCUCCUUCCACAGUUUGGCUAUUGUGAGCCUGCUGAAAUUAUUUAAACUAGCCAAUCCUCAGCCUGCUUACCCUGCCUCUCCGAGUCCUCUUAUGAAAUUGCAAUAAAGGCUGUUCCUUUAUUCCCUCUGUCAGCUGACCAACCCUGGUGUUUCCCCUGUGGCUCUUUGUGGUGUGGCAGGCUUCCUUCUGGGAAUGGUGAAUAACAAACUAUCUUUUCCAUGGCAAUUAUCUCCUUAUCUAAAUAAUAAUAAAACUUAAACUUUAAGACACUGGCAAUCUCUGAAAAAGAAGGGUAAAACAGGAGAAUCGUUUGAAAGUUUUGAUCAGAAGCAGUUAGAUACUCCAGAUCUCCUUUGCUUUCUCCCUAUACUGCCCCCCCAUUACCUACCACCAUAUAUAGCUGGCCAACUGCCCCUCUCCUACCACAGCAGAUUUUGUUUGCUUUCUUAAUAAAAGUGAACCAGAGGGAGCAUCAGGUCCAUCUGAGAGGAGGCUACCACACUGAGAAUAAGAGUAGCAAGUGCAAGUCUGCAUAUUGAAGGGAGAAACUCUAAAGCCCCUCAGCUCCAAGAUCAGUAGUAAGCUGACUUAGAGCCUCCACAUACAACAUUGGACCUGCUUUUUCUGGAGAUCUAAGAAGCCCAAAAGAAAAGGACUAAAGAUACUGAUAAUUGGAGGUCUCUCCAAGAAUCACCAAAAUCAGAUCUCUCUAUAGUAAAGCCCCUAUUUGACAAAGCUGUGCUCUUACACAUACAGGUUUGAAUGUUCCUUUUUUUUUUUUUAAGAUUUUAUUUAUUUAUUUAUUGGACAGAGGGAGAGAGCAGAGGGAGCUAGAACAUGGGGGCGGGGGCAAAGAGGGAGAGAGAGAAGCCAACUCUCUGCUGAGCAGGGAGCUCAAUGACAAUGUGGGGCUCCACCCCAGGACCCCAGGAUUCUGGCCUGAGCAGAUGUUUAACCAACUGAGCCACCCAGGUGCCUAAUGUUCCACUCUUAAAUGUGAAUGAAUUGUCAAGGAUCCCCAUACACUGAAACAAAGCCUCCAACAUCAAAAACAGAGAUAAAAUCCAAGGAUAAGCUAGGCUUAGAAAAAAGUUAAAAACAACAAAAAAACCCACACACAACUGCUCAUUAAAAUCUAUAGAUAAAAAAUAACACAUUCAUGAAACAACAGAUAAGUAAAAAAGAGGAAAAUUAUGAGAACAAAAAAGAAUUCUUGGAAACUUAAAAUAGUAUUAAUGGGCACCUGAGUGGCUUGAUUUCAGCUGGAGUCAUGAUCUCCAGGUCAUGGUAUUGAGCCCUGACUCAGACUCCGCCCAGCUUGGAAUUCUCUCUUUUCCCUCUGUCCUUAGCCCCCCAUGCUUGCAUGUGCAUGCUGUCUAAAAAAAAAAAAAAAAAGGUAGAAAAGCUUUGUCAUUAAAAAGUAGUAAUAAUAGGGGACCCAUGGGUAGCUCAGUCAGUUGAGCGUUCAAGUCUUCAUUUCAGCUCAGGUCAUGCUCUCUGGUGUCUGAUAUCGAGUCCCACAUGGGGCUCAGCACUCAUUGUGGAGUCUGCUUGUCCCUCUCCCUCUGCUCCUCCUCCCAGCCACGUCCCCCAUAAACAAAAUCUUUAAAAAAUAAUAAUAUUAUUUACAAUAACUGGUUCUUCAUUUGGUUCGGUACAAUGUUCAUUCUAAUUAAAUGAGAUCUGACAUGUUAAUGUCCAGAACACUGUUUGGCACAUCAUAAAUGCUCAAUAAAUAAUGAUUUCUUUCUUCUACUACCUCUAAAUGAAAGUACCGUAAACUUCUUUCAUGUCAAAAUACAGUAAAAGCCAGGACACCUGGGUGGUUCAGUGGUUGAGUAUCUGCCUUCGGCUCAGGGCAUGAUCCUGGGAUCUGGGAUCGAGUCCCACAUCGGGCUCCCUGCGAGGAGCCUGCUUCUCCCUCUGCCUAUGUCUCUGCCUCUCUCUCUCUGUGUGUCUCUCAUGAAUAAAUAAAUAAAUCUUUAAAAAAUAUAUAGUAAAACCCUCUAAUAAAGCAUUAAAAAUUUCCUGCCAAUAAAAUAUAAUACUAUACAGUGUUACCAAAUAGAAAAAAAUGAGAGUUUUUUUUUUUGCCUACCCACAAAUACUCCUUGAGGGAAUUAUAAUAUAAAUUAGAUUACUCCUAAUCACAACAUGGACAUCAAAUAACUUGCAAUGGACUUAAAUUAUUUCAUGGUUUCCUUAACUAGUGUGAUGGUUACCAAAUCAAAAGGAAAAACAUUCUAGUUAAUCAUGGGAUAAGCUUUUUUCCUAAUAUGGUAUAAACAAUUGUAAAGUUCUUACUGUAUGACAUGUUAGGGUGUGUAUUUUCUUAACUCUCAGAGGAAGAUUAGUAACAAACCAUGUGCCUGUAUGUGAGUGUGUGUGUGUGUGUAUUUUAAAACAAGUUGCUAAAAAAAAAAAAAAAAAAAAAAAAGUUGCUGCCCAGACUUCAUUUAGAGCCCUGAAAAACCCAGGCUCUUUACAUUAUAAUUUAACAAUGAUGUAAUCUGACCUGUAUUUGUAUCUAAAGUGAUCACAGGCAAUCUCACAGUGAUGUUUGCCUUGAGUUUUUUUUUUUUUUAAUUUAUUUAUGAUAGUCACAGAGAGAGAGAGAGAGGCAGAGACACAGGCAGAGGGAGAAGCAGGCUCCAUGCACCGGAAGCCCGAUGUGGGACUCGAUCCUGGGUCUCCAGGAUCGCGCCCUGGGCCAAAGGCAAGCGCCAAACCGCUGCGCCACCCAGGGAUCCCCUGCCUUGAGUUUUGUUUUAGGAAUGAUUUCUUAUGGGAAAGAGGAAUUUUCUAGAAAUUCUGUUUUAAAUAUCUUUUAUGAAUCUCAUAAGUGUUCUCAAACAACAUGAUACUAUUUGUUCUAAAACCCAUGUGUCCCAGCUUGGUAUCAACCAAAUACCAUCUAGCACAGCCAGCCACCUAUAAAAUGUAAGAAGUUCUUAGAAGGUUUGCAACUUAAUUCAUAAUUUCACAUUUUUACACUUUCCAAAUGUCAGUAUUAUGUGUACUCAGAAAAUGCAAAUGGUGAUAAAAAUGCAAAUGGUAGUGGUUAUUCAUUACGGAAUAUUUUCCCUUAGUAAUUGGGAACAGGAAAAGGAACUGUAGUGGUGACAUGAGAAGGAUGAGGGGUGUGUGUGUGCGUGUGUGUGUGUGUGUGUGUGUGUGUGUGUAAUAGUGGUGUCUGUGGAGAGAACUGAGUGCAGAAUAGGAUGCUGUAUGAACGUGAGGAACAGGAAUGAAGGAUGUGGAAAGGAAUGGUACUGGUCUCCUAAGAUAAAGAUUAAGAGGGUAUGUUAAUAGAAUAUUAGCACAGAUGAAGAGAUUCAAUUCUAUUGUAGUGUGCAGAAUGAGGCACACAGUGGUAGUAGGCUCACUAUUCCUUUCUGUAUCAUUUGAAUCUAGCUAAUAUAAUGGGGAAACACAGGUACCCCAAUCACCUAAGAAAACCUCUUCUGACUUCCCAGAUCUUCCCAUUUAUAUUCUUUUUUUUCCAAGUGAUUUUUGAGGUUGCAUUCUACACAUAUUUAUGUGAUCCUUUUAUAGUUUCACGCACUAGACUCUAAGUACCCUAAGGAGAAGCACUUUGUCUUUUGUGGCUCACAUUGUAUCCUAGCACAGCAAUGGGCCUAGCACAUAGUAGAUGAAUCUGUUGACCUUUGAAUAAUAUGGGGCUGGGGUGCCAACCCUCCAUGUGGUUGAAAAUCCACAUUUCAACUCUUUGAAAACUUAACUACUAAUAGCCUAUUGUUGACCAGAGGCCUUACCAAUAGAAAAAAUAGUUAACACAUAUUUUGUAAGCUAUACAUAUUAUAUAUUGUAUUCUUAUAAUAAAGUAAGCUGGAGAAAAGAAAAUGUUAUUAAGAAAAUCAUAAAGAAGAGAAAAUACAUUCACAGAACCGUACUGUAAAAAUUUUGUGUGUAUUAUUUUUGGUUGGAAUGUUCUAUAUAUAUCUAAAUCCAUUUGGUAAUGUGUCAUUCAAAUACAUUGUUUCCUUACUGAUUUUCUGCCUAGAUGAUCUAUCCAUGAUGUAAGUGGGGUAUUAAAGUCCCCUUACUAUUAUUGUAUUACUAACAAUCUUUUUAUUUCUGUUGAUAUUUACUUUAUGUAUUUAGAUGCUCCAUGUUGAAUGCAUAGAUAUUUAUAAUUGUUACAUCUUGUUGGAUUGAUCCCUUUAUCAUUAUGUAAUGCCCUUCUUUGUCUCUUGUUACGGUCUUUGUUUUAAUAUAUAUUUUGUCUGAUACAAGUAUUGCCAACAGCUUUUUUCCCCCACUUCCAUUUGCAUGGAAUAUCUUUUUCCAUCCUUUCACUUUCAGUCGUGUGUCUUUAGGUCUGAAGUGAGUUUCCUGUAGACCCCGUACAUAAUGGGUCUUGUUUUUUUAUUCAUUUGAGGAAUGAUCUUUAAAUAGCAUAGCAGGAGUCUAAGGAAAAUGACACUACUUAAAUAGAUUUUUUUUCUUGUUUAAUUAGAAAAGGUAAUGAAGAGGCACCUGGCUGGUGCAGUCAGAGGAGCAUGCAACUCUUCAUCUUGGUAGUGAGUUUGAGCCCCACAACAGGUGCAGAGAUUACUUAAAUAAAUAAAACUUAAAAAAAGUGA